AUGACGCCUUCAAGCGAAGAGGAGGAAUAUGACUUUCGUCUUCAAGAGUCGAGAACAAUGCCGAUUUCAAGUUCAAGUUCAGCAGAAAGCGAUGACAACAACCAGCAAAGCUCAUCUAUCCCGACAUUGCGGCGCUUGCCCAAUCCCUUCUCAGCCGCUGCAUCGGCUUUUGGAGCCAUAUUCCAGCCCUCGGGGAGUUCCUCUCCUUUCGUGGACCGACGGUUCCUCGAUGAUCGCCUACUAGCGUACCAAGAUGGUAUGGCUCAAAAUGACGCUGCGCCGCUCUACACGACGUACCAUAGGGUGAACGAGCAAGAGGCCGAAAGAAAUCGGGGAUACUUUCAGCUGAUGCAAGGGCUUUCGCAGAGCGCCACAGACGGCCACCCUGAUGCCCAGGCUGAAGAAACCAAGACGACUCCGCUGUUUUCCAAUCACGUUCAGAAGGUUCUGAGGAGUGGUGUCAUAGGAGUCGUUGCACCCAACAGCAAUCCUUUCCCUCAGUAUGGACUGCUGGGCAUGCGUGAAGAGACAUACAAUUCCUCUUUGCCAGAUGCAACUGGGACUUUGUCGAUCGAGGACAACCUCAUCUUCGCCAACAUGAAUGCACCCUGGUCCGCCUUCAUUUGCGGUUCACAGGGUGCUGGGAAGAGUCACUCCCUCUCUUGCCUUUUGGAGAACUCCCUGUUGGCCUCGUCGCCUGCAGGAGAGAAUCCAAAGCCGCUUGCUGGCCUUAUUUUUCACUAUGACAAGUUCACGAGUAGUGAGAGCACGCAAUUUUGUGAGGCGGCAUAUUUGUGCUCUUCCGGCAUUCCUGUGCGAGUCCUUGUCUCCCCGAGCAAUAUCCAUGCCAUGCAUAGGCUCUACAGGAAUCUUCCUGGUUUGCCUGGAGACGCUCCCCGUCCAGAAGUCAUUCCACUCUACUUCCAGGAAAACCAACUCAAUGUCACACGUCUGAUGACGUUGAUGGCAGUCGAUAACAACAGUAAGGUGCCGCUGUACAUGGAGGUCCUUUUCAAGGUGCUUCGUGACAUGACAACGGAAAAAAAGGGCGCCGGAGGGCUGAAUUACCUCGAUUUCAAGGCCCGGUUGUCAAGCAAAGGCUUCAAUUCCUCACAAAAUGGGCCUCUCAGAUUGCGUCUGGAAGUGCUCGAGUCUUUCCUUGCACACGGAGUCCAGCCUGUGGAGUCUGAAGCCCGCUUGAGGGACAUGUUCAAGUCGGCUCCAGGGACUCUCACCAUUGUCGAUCUGAGUUGCCCUUUUGUCAACGAGAACGAUGCCUGUGCUCUUUUCACAAUUUGCCUUUCAAUUUUCAUGGAGAACCGCGCUGGCUGUGGUCGCGUCAUUGCUCUCGAUGAAGCUCACAAGUUCCUGACAAAAUCGGGAGAGGCUGAAAAGCUCACGGAUGAACUGACGUCUCUUGUUCGUCAACAGCGCCACCUCGCUGCACGCAUUAUUGUGUCGACGCAGGAACCGACACUCGCGCCGCGGCUCAUUGAUCUGUGCAACGUCUGCAUCGUUCACCGAUUCAGUUCUCCUGCGUGGUUUGAAAUGCUCCAAGACCACCUUGCUGGUGCUAGCCGCCACAAGAACUGCAACAAUGCAAAAUUGUUUGAGACCAUAGUCGGCUUACAGACUGGGGAAGCGCUAAUAUUCUGUCCGGCAGCGUUGCUCGACGUCUACAAUGGUAAUUUGCAGACAUUGAAAGACGCGUUUAUCAGAGCCCGCAUCAGGAACCGCGUGACCGUUGAUGGUGGGAAGAGCAUUCUAGCCUCUGACGAGAUGCAAAUUGAUCGAGGCGUGGAGAUCUUGAACAAGGAGCUCAUUCGACCAUUUGCGACGCCGAUGGAGAUGGCUUCGGCCAAACAGUUUGGCAAACAGCCCGGCAAAAACUCAGGCAAGCAGCCAAGCUAA